UACAUCCAGUCUGGGAUGUGCAUUCCCUGAACGGAGGACAUCCAGGCGGUGUAUUUCAUCUGCAGCGCGAGAUGUUCCGUCGCAAACUGCAACCACGGCCCCCUUCUGCGCCCGUCCCCGGCAGCCGAGAAGCCAGCCAGUCGCCCGGCCACCGCCCGUCGACGCCACCUCCCCUGGCGCUCAGAUGAACCACUUCACGUGACGAGCCUCGUUUUACGUGCCGCAUCCCUCGGCCGAAGCUGCACGUCGAGGGUUUCCUCUUUUACGCCAUGCCUUUGCCUCUCUGCCGCGAAAUGUCUGCUGCAACUUAAGAUCUGUAGGAGAAGCUCCGGUUUUCGAUGGUACUUCGGUGCGUGCGCAGCCAGCGCACAACGGAAGGCAGCGAACGCGUGCUGGAGGCUGAGCUUCUCCCGCUGAUCUUCAGUACUAAAGGACUAUAGUCGGUGAAAAUAUACAAAACAAAGUCGACAAACCGUAACUGUGGACUACAUCUAUUUGUUUGCAGUAACGGGUUCUCUUUGCAGUUUCGCGGAACAAACGUACACGAAGUCGCUUCCCCGCGAAGGCAGCUGCUCCUAGCACGCCGGUGCAAAGCGGUGAAGCCCGACGCGCGCGCCGAGGCAAAGCUCCGUGGCUUCACGCUCGCUGAGGUAUUCUACUCAAUAGGGCACCCUGACAGGUCCGUCGAAAGGCAGCGGGGCCCAAGACCACGAUGCGACGUUCCACGGUCGAGGCAUUCCGACGCAUGUUCUCGGAGUCCGGCGUGCCGGGGCUGCGCGUCAUCCUGGGCUUCUCGGCGCCGAGCCGGCGCCUCCUGUGGGCGGCCGUGCUCGCGCUGCUCGUGGGCCUGGGCCUUCACGACCUGUACGCCGCCUUCAGGGACUUCGCCCAGUACGAAGACACUGUCGACGUGGAGCUCUCCAGGUUGCCCGAGGGGCUCGUUUUCCCCGCCGUCACCAUCUGCAACCUCAAUCAGCUGCCCGAGGACGAGGCCUUGGACCGUAAGGAAUUCUUCAAGUGGGUGACGGAGAUGCAGCGCCGCAACGCGGCCACGGCCCAGCUGCUGGGACACCAGCGGGAGGACAUGGUGCUUUCCUGCCGCCUGGACGACAGGGACUGCAACGACCCCCAGCGGAUGCAGCUCCAGAUGUACGGGCGCUACGGCAACUGCUUCUGCGUCGGGUGCGACCGCAGCGCCCCCGAGCACCGACUCCAGGUGUCCAUCACCGUGGACCAGGGGCUGCGGCUCCUGCUGAACGUGGAGCCCGAGGAGUACCUGCCGCUGUCCGUGGAGGCCGGCUUUGUGGUGAACGUGCACCAGGCGGGCGUCCAGGUGGACUUCCGCAGGGACGGCGUCUUCGUACCUCCCAGGCACACCACCUUCGUCAGCGUGGACCAGACAAUUCUGAAGAGGUUGGAGCCGCCGUACAUGAACCCGUGUCAGCCGUCUUGGCCAGAGGAGUACCUGCAGCACACCCGGCCCGGGAGGGAUGUGUACACGAGCAGAGUAAGUCUCCCCUUGCGUCUAGAUUCAGCAUGA